AUGAAUUCUACACGCUUUUUAUUUCGUUCGUUAAGUCGUCCUUCUAAUGUUGCUGCUCUUUUAAGGCAACAAAGGCAGGUUACUGUUAAUUCAAGGGCUUUCUCAUUGUUAUCAAGUUCAAAUGUCAAAAAAGCUGUUAUUAUUAAGUUUAAGGUUUUAAACGGUCUAAAAAAGUGCGCUCAACCAAAUCAAAUUCGAACAUUGAAAACUCUCGACUUUAGUGGAACCAAAGAAAAUAUAUAUGAACGAUCCGAUUGGCCAAAAGAUAAAUUUCAAGAAUUUUUCAAAAAUGAUACAAUUGCUAUAAUUGGAUAUGGGCCACAAGGAAGCGGACAAAGUUUGAAUGCACGUGAUAAUGGAUUAAAUGUUAUCCUUGGACUCAGAGAAGGAAGGAGUUGGAACGAAGCAUUGGAGGAUGGUUGGGUUCCCGGAAAGACACUCUUUCCUAUUGAUGAGGCAUUGAAAAAAGGAACGAUUAUUUUUAAUCUUUUAUCAGAUGCUGCUCAAAAAGAACUUUGGUCCCAAUUUGUACCACAUCUAACAAAAGGGAAGACCUUAUAUUUCUCCCAUGGAUUUUCUAUUGUAUAUAAAGAUGAUACUCAUGUUGUACCUCCGAAGGGCAUUGAUGUAAUUAUGGUUGCUCCAAAAGGAUCAGGCAGGACCGUUCGUUCUCUCUUCCUUGAGGGACGUGGUAUAAAUUCUUCUAUUGCAGUUUUCCAAGAUGUUUCUGGUAAAGCAAAAGAUAAGGCAGUGGCUCUAGGUGUGGCCAUUGGGUCAGGUUAUCUUUAUGAAACAACAUUUGAAAGAGAGGUCUUUUCUGAUCUUGUUGGUGAACGGGGUGUGCUUAUGGGUGCCAUUCAAGGUUUAUUCCUUGCUCAAUAUGAAGUUUUACGAUCACGAGGACAUACACCUUCCGAAGCGUUUAAUGAAACUGUAGAAGAGGCAACACAAUCGUUGUAUCCAUUAAUUGGUGCAAACGGAAUGGAUUGGAUGUAUGCCGCUUGUUCAACUACUGCACAACGUGGCGCUCUCGAUUGGUAUAAACCGUUCCAUGACGCUGCCAAACCAGUUUUUGAAAAAUUAUAUAAUUCCGUUGCUGAUGGAACUGAAGCUCGAAGAACUUUGGAAAAAAAUUCUUUACCAACGUAUCGGGAAGAAUUAGAAAAGGAAUUAAAAGAAAUUAGCGAAAGUGAACUAUGGAGUGCUGGUAAAGUUGUACGAAGACUCCGUCCAGAAAAUAAAUGA